UACCGACAACGACAGCAGAGAAGAGGAGAUAGCCAGUUAGGGCACAAGUCCUGGACCUGGAGCAACAAAAUACUCCAGGAGCACUCCGCGAGGCGAUCGUGGGAAUAACGAAGAAAAGAAUUGUCGGAGCUGAGGGUCCUCCUACUCUGGACCACAUCAUCAUAUGAUCAUAUCCUUCAGAAUUUGGUGCAUAUCCAAACCCUAGUUAUUGCAGGUUUUCCCGAUUCGGUUGUAGCUGGAUACAAUAAACAGUUACUGAAUUCUGCUUGGAAAAGUUAUGAGCAUGGAUCGGUACCAGAAAGUGGAGAAGCCGAAGGAGGAGUCACAGAUUGAUGAGAAUGAAAUUCGCAUUACGAGUCAAGGCAGGAUGCGGAAUUACAUCGCUUAUGCUAUGACUCUGCUUCAGGAAAAGGGUUCGGAUGAAAUAGUAUUAAAGGCAAUGGGCAGAGCAAUCAAUAAAGCUGUAACCAUUGUGGAGUUGAUCAAGAGAAGAAUUGUUGAUCUUCACCAAACAACAUCAAUCCAAUCCACGGACAUAACUGACACAUGGGAACCCCUGGAAGAAGGCCUGCAAACCCUUGAAACCACAAGAAAAGUAUCAAUGGUCACAAUUGUUCUCUCAAAAAAGGAGUUGGACAAGAAAAAUAUUGGGUAUCAGCCCCCUAUUCCAGCUCACAUGGUGAAGGUUUCUACAGAGCCUAACUACGAUGGAGAGGGAUCGCCUCCUGCCCAAAGAAGAAGAGUUAGUAGAGUGAAUGGGAGGCCUAGAGUCCCAUCUGGGGAUGAGUUUGCAUCUGCUAAGUAUGAGCGUGGUGGCUAUCAGUUGAAUCAUGGAUAUUCUGUUGGCAGGGGAAGGGGAAGAGCUAGAAGUCGCUAUUUCGGUGGUCGCGGAAGGGGAGAUGUUGGCCAAAGCUGUGGCAGGGGGAUUCGUGUGAGAGAUCGUGGAUUCAGAUCAAAUGGACCGAGCGAUGUUAGUAAUUGAGGCAUGGGUAAUCAGUAUGUGGUGCCUAUUAAAAGAAGACACAAUAUGAUUGUUCUGUUGGGUGUCUGCUCACUUGGUUUCUUUUUUCGUCGUUGCUGGCAAUGUAUUAAUUAUAAGGUGAUAUAUAUAUAUGUAUAUAUGUAGUCAUUGUAGAGUAACUAGGCCUGCAUAUCUGUUGUGAGCUCUUGUGUCUUUAUUUUCUUUCUCUUAGUUAAUUAGUUGCUUUGAUCAAGUGUAGUUUAAUUUGGUUGUUGAGCACCAAAUUCUUUAAUUUGUUCUGUUGCAAUUCAAAAAUGUCUUUGCUUUCUAA